UUUUUUUUCUUUUCCUUUUGGUGUAUAUUUUUUUUUUAUUUGUACAUAUUUGACAUAGUAUAUAAAUAAAUUAACAAUGGAUAAUCUGAUAACAGAAAACGAACUUGAAAAUGCUUUAGAUUCAAUGACUAUAAAAGAAGAACCAGAAACAGUAACUAGUAUAAAUAAAACAAAUAGCAUUUCUCAAAGCCCACAAGCAAAAUAUAAAAGAAGAUUAGCAACUUAUAAUCAACAUAUGGGUAUGCAAACAUCUCACAUUCAGCCUACUGAUGACAUUUUUAAUCCUAAUGAUCCACGCUUAAAAGAAGAUAUUAUUGCUAUUAUUAUGCAAUAUUUACAAGAUGAAGGAUACCAUGCUUCACAGUCAGUAUUAUAUGAUGAAACAAAUGUAAAAUGGAAAGAAAGAGAAGAACGUGCUAUGGAAAUAAAAAGGUUAAAAAAAGCUAUUCUGGAUGGAGAUUGGCAAGAAGUCGAAAAAUUAUGUACAAAGCCAAUAGUUAAAAACCAUAGAUCGUUUUUAUAUUCAGUUUAUAAACAGCAAUAUUUAGAAUAUUUAGAAAGACGUGAGAUUCAAAAGGCUUUCACAUUUUUAAAUAAACGAUUAAAACCACUUGAGCAUUUUCAAACAAAGCCAAAUGAAUUUAAAGAUAUGUGUUAUUUAUUAACAGCCAAAUCAAUUCAUGAGGCACCUAGUUUUAAACAUUGGGAGGGGAUUAUGGCGUCAAGAGAAGGGCUUGUAGAUCAACUGCAAAGUAUGCUUGAAUUUGAAUCUGCAGAUCGUACGGGUAAUCGACAUAUCCCACCUGAUCGUCUGUUGACUCUAUUACGACAAGCAGUUGCUUAUCAAAUUGAAUUCUCAAGGUAUCAUCCUAAGAUUGCACCUACUGUGAACACUCUGUUAGAUGAUUAUACAAGUUUUGUAAUACCAAAUGCGCUUGGUGCUACCUUAAUAGGACAUCAAGGAAAUGUCAAAUGUAUAGGAUUUAUUGGACAAGAAGGAAAACAGAUUGUAUCAGGUUCAAGUGAUAAUACUCUGCGUAUUUGGGAUACAGAAUCAGCAGAAUGUUUAGAUGUUUUAAAAGGACAUCGAUCACGUAUUUGGGACUUGUCUACAACUCAUGGUGGUGAGUUUGUAGCUAGUGCAAGUGGAGAUUCUACGGUUAAGAUUUGGAAUUUAAAGAAUAACACUAAAAUAAGCUGUGUGACUACCUUGAAUGGACAUGCGGGUGAUGUUUAUUCAGUUAGAUAUCAUCCAAAUGAAAGUCAUUUAGUGACCGGUGGCUACGACAAGACCGUUAGAUUAUUUGAUGUAAAUACAGGUGCUAUCAUCAAGACUUUUCCAGGUCAUCAAUUAGCUGUUACCAAGACUAUUUUUAAUCCUUUGGGUAACCUGGUUAUUAGUGCAUCUAAAGAUAAUACAAUCAAGUUCUGGGAUAUUGUAUCUGGUUUAUGUAUCCGUACAAUUUCUUCUCAUUUAGGUGAAGUGACAUCAGUAGAAAUGAAUUCUAGUGGAACACUGUUAUUAAGUAGUUCAAAGGACAAUUCGAAUCGACUUUGGGAUGUCAAGAUGGUAAAACCUAUACGUAAACUUAAAGGACAUCAAAAUACAUCUAAAAACUUUAUUCGAGCGAAUUUUGCAGAUAAUAAUUUAAUUGUUGGAGGUAGUGAAGAUGGAAUUGUUUAUAUUUGGGAUCAAGAUACAGGAGAAGUCUUGCAGAGACUACGUGGACAUAAUGGUGUAGUUUAUGACGCAGCUUGGAAUGCUAAACAAGGAAUGCUUGCAAGUUGUAGUGAUGAUCAAACAGUUAAAGUAUGGUGGUAUGAUGACUCGGUUCCACUUGACAUUUAAUUUUUUUUUUACCUGUAUUUUUAUUUUUAUUGAUUAUUAUGCAAAUAAAAAUAGAAAGACUUUCAUGAAUCAAUACCAAU